AUGGACGCGCCUGGCGCGACAUCGCCGGACGAAAGUGCCGUUCAGAGCACUCCCAAGCACGACACAUCCAUACAAACCAGCUCACCUACAGACACGACUCAAGGCGCCCAAGAUAUACACCAACGAUGCAAUGACAGCAGCUCUAGUAGCAGCAACGAUGAAGAGGAAGAAGAGGAGGAGGCCGAGGAAGAGGACGACUUGGACGACGAGGACGAGGAGCCUCGCCUCAAGUACGCAUACCUGACGAAGCACCUGGGCUCGGUAUAUCGCAACGGGGAUGCGACAAGCUCGUUCCUAGUAGCAGGAGACAAAAUGGUCGUCGGGACACACAACGGUAACGUCCAUAUUAUGUCCCUGCCACUGCUACAAUCCCUCCGUGUAUAUCAUGCACAUACAGCAAGUGUCACCUCGAUAUCGGUAUCACCAUUUCCGCCUCCGCUCCCGAACCUUAGGCAAGAUACUUUCAAACAGACCGCAGAAGAAUACAGACCAUCCACGCGAUCGUCUAAUACCGCCGGCAGCAUCCGCGGAGGAAAACUGGGUAGUUAUCCCACCGUCCCUUCCACACCAUCGAACUCCAUUUACAUCGGAACAUCCUCAAUCGAUGGCCAUGUGUGCGUCUCCUCGCUGGUUGACCCUAAGGAUGUGCUAUUGCGCAAUUUUGGCCGCCCAGUUCAAUCUAUUGCUUUGUCUCCAGAGUAUAAAACUGACCGGUCAUACCUGUCUGGUGGCCGAGCGGGUGAAUUGGUCCUAACAGCUGGCGGUCGUAUUGGAGCGACCUCCAACUCGACAACAAUGGGAGGUGCGGCCGCCACAGCCUCUAGUUGGCUUGGUUCCAUGGGUCUGGCAUCAAAUAGCGGAAAAGAUACCAUUCUUCAUAGCGGCGAAGGGGCUAUAAGCACAAUUAAAUGGUCACUGUCAGGAAAAUACGUGGCCUGGGUCAACGAGGAAGGCAUUAAGAUUAUGCGGUCAAAUCUGCAUCUGGAUUCUUCAGAGACCGAAUUUGCUUGGAAACGAAUCAGCCAUAUUGAUCGUCCAAAUCGCCCCGGCUGGGAGGAAAUGGCCGGUGUUUGGAAAGCACGCGCAGAAUGGAUCGACCAGUCAGCUUUAGACAGUCGGGACAAUCUCGAUCCGAAUGAAGAUUCUACAAGUCCAGAGAUACAGUCAACUGUGCUCACUGAGAAAGUGGAAAAGCUUGUCGUCGGUUGGGGAGGAACCGUUUGGGUCAUCGAUGUCUAUCCCGAAAGGGCAAGCAAAACAUCCAAGGGCGAGAAAUUGGGCUCUGCAGAGGUUGUCACAAUAUUACGAACAGAUUGUGUGGUAUCCGGCAUAUCAUUGUAUACACCUCGUCUUCUUGUCAUUCUCGCAUAUAUGGAAACCGAGGGUGAAAAUACAAGCAACGGAAGAAGCAGUGGGAUCCGCAACCGAAAGAAGGGUCUAGAACCUGAACUUCGUGUCAUUGACAUUGAAACCAAGGAAGAAAUCAGCGCUGAUACACUUUCAAUUAACCGAUUUGAAGGCCUCUCUGCGUCUGAUUAUCAUCUAAGUGUCUUGCCUCCGUGGAAGACCCCCGAGGGACAAGUCGUCCAGCGUGGUGCCCUGGGGGCUCUUGGGUAUGGGCUUUUGGAUGCUACCAUGUACUCCGCGCGGCUAUUUAGCUCCGGCGCCAGCAUCCGCAGCACCACAAGUAGUGGCGACAAGGGGUCUGGUAGGGUUGCUCCCUCUUUCAUAUCCAAGCUCCACGCGGCUGAAGAUGCCCUUCCGAAGGAGGUGCAGGAAGUUUCAGGUGCUCCUGGCGCCAAGAUCUUUGUCCACAGCCCAUAUGACUGCGUUGUUGCAGUCAAAAGGGAUCUCGCGGACCGUCUGUCCUGGCUUGACUCUCAUGGCCAGUACGAGGACGCAUGGCGUCUCGUCGAUGAACAUCCUGAAGCUGCGGGCUCGAUACCUGACGUAACCGAAGCUAUCCCCGAGGCUGCAGGGAGGUCCCAAACUAGUUUAGGUGAAUUUUUCGAUGAUCGGUCGUCUAUCAUGACGGCCGGUCGAACAAAAGUUUCUGCCGCUGAACAAGAAAAGGCUCGCCUUGGGGAACUUUGGAUCAACCAACUUGUCAGCGAAGAGAAGUGGAUUGAUGCUGCGAGAAUUUGUGGCAAAGUCAUCCGUAAUGCCCCACGAUGGGAACACUGGGCAUGGACCUUCAUCAAAAACGAUAAAAUCGACGAGAUCACUUCCCAAAUCCCAAUCGACUUGAAUCCAUCGUUGUCUUCUCGGAUUUAUGAAGUCAUUCUCAGUCACUAUGUGCCACGAGACUUGGCCAAAUUCAAAGAACUCAUCGAAACAUGGCCAUCCGAUUUGUUUGAUGCGAACAUUAUUACAGAAGCUAUCGAGGCAUAUUCGAAAUCCAAAUCAGUGCGUGCCGGGUCUGAGGAGUGGCGAAUCCUUACAGAUUGUCUCGCCAAGUUGUUCCUAGUAGGAGGGCAUUACCGUGAAGCCUUGCGUUGCUAUAUUCGAUUGCAAGAUGGAGAUGCUGCUAUGGCUUUGGUUCGGGAACACCGCUUGCUCGAUGCAGUCACUGAUGAUAUACCGGCCUUCAUUAUGAUUCGUGUCUCCGAAGAGCAAAUGAACUCGGCCAUGAUAACCGAACUGGAGGAGUUGACAUCCGAGCCCACGCGACUUCUUGUAAGCGAAGCAUACACGGGCAUUGUUCCCCCGGAAACUGUGGUAUCACAGUUGAUCGCUGCAGAUCGGUUCCUGUUUCUUUAUUUCUAUCUCCGUGCGCUCUGGCGAGGCGAAUCAUUACCACACGAUGCGUCUAAGCCCAGAAGAGGACGUGGAAUUCAUGCUCGGGAUGCAGCCAGCAAGCUUGCUGCCGAUGAAGGCAAAGCCCUGAUUGAUAACUUUGCCGACACGGCCGUUGAGGUAUUUGCCGACUACGACCGGCCUCUACUGAUGGAGUUCCUCCAAACAAGCAUAUCUUAUUCAUUCGAGAAAGCCACAUCCAUAUGCGAAGACCACAAGUUCACACCGGAGCUGAUUUUCCUCUUGUCCAAGAUGGGCCAGACGAAGCGAGCCUUGAACCUGAUUCUAUCAGAUCUUAAGGAUGUUUCGCAGGCGAUUUCAUUUGCAAAAUCACAGGAUGACCCUGAUCUAUGGGAGGAUCUACUUGAUUACUCAAUGGACAAGCCAAAGUUCAUUCAUGGACUUCUUGUCGAGGCCGGAACAGCCAUCGACCCAAUAAAGCUUGUUCGCCGGAUUCCAAGCGGACUGGAGAUUGAAGGUCUAAGAGAGGGCCUCACUCGCUUGAUCCGUGAGCAUGAUCUGCAGGCUAGUAUCAGUCAAGGCGCGGCUAGAGUUAUGCAAAGCGAAGUUGCACUUGGGAUGGACACGCUGCGCAAGGGUCAGCGCCGAGGAAUCAAGUUCGAUAUCAUCUCGGACGCAGAGGAAGAUCGCAAUAAGACACCGACACCAAAUACCCCUCAAGAUCAAUCCGUAACCACUGCGAGGAAAUCCAGCCCUGGACAGGGAAGAUGUGGCGGUUGUAAUGCCGCCUUCCGGGCAAACGAGCGAGAAAUUCUCGUCGCCUUUGCUUGUGGCCAUAUUUUCCAUCUAUCCCACUUGCACUCAGACACAUCACAGCAACAAUCCGGCGCGAGCAGCCGUGACCGAUCUGCGGAUAUUACACCCCGGCCCAUGUCCCCAGUUGACGAAACCCGAUCUGCCACUGCCUCUCGCACCGUUGGCCCCAAAGUCACGACGGCAAGAAUCCUGCGAGACAAGAUCGGUGAUGGAUGUCGCCUCUGUACUCUGUCAAGAGAUAUUGAAUCCCUUGGUGAAGUCGAGGUUUAA